AUGGGCAUUAUGCAAGUUAACAUCUUAUGUUGUCUCUUUCUUGUGAUUUGGAAAGAUUUCGGCGUUGGAGCUGCUCCUGAAUAUCCAAACUAUCCUAAGAGACCUUACAAGUUUGGAUACAACUCCAAUGAUGGAUACGGUAAUACACAGCAUCGCCAUGAAUCAACAGAUUCAUAUGAUGGAACAGUCAAAGGAUCGUAUGGAUACGCGAAUGCUGAUGGAGUGUAUCGUACUGUUUACUAUACAGCAGACAAAGCAGGGUAUAGAGCAAAUGUAAAAACUAAUGAACCUGGAACUGCAAAUCAGAACCCUGCAAGUGCUGAGAUGACAGUACUUCCCCCUCCGCAUACUUAUCCUGCAGCAAAACAAUAUCCACCAAGCUAUCCGCCACCUGCUUAUCCAAAACCAACAUAUUCAGAACCAUCUCCCUAUCCACCUUCUCCGAAGUAUUAUCCUCCGACCUAUCCUUAUCCACCUUCUCCGAAGUAUUAUCCUCCGACCUAUGCUUAUCCACCUUCUUCGAAGUAUUAUCCUCCGACCUAUCCUACGUACGGAUAUUCUUACGGUUAUCAUCAUCAAUAUACACAAAAAUAUCCAAGUUAUUCUGAACCUAAGUAUUCUUAUCCAGAACCUUAUUACCCUACAACAAAUUACCCACAAAUUUACUAUCCAAAAUAUCCUCAAUCGAAAUAUCCACCCCCUAGUUAUCCUCAUUAUAGUUAUCCACCGCCAAGUUAUCCCCCACCUCCUAAAUACCCACAAUCAAAGUAUCCUCCACCAAGUUACCCACCCCCUGCCAAAUAUCCCCAAUCAAAGUAUCCACCACCAAGUUAUCCACCUUCUGUUAAAUACCCACAGUCAAAAUAUCCCGCACCAAGUUAUCCACCUCCCGCUAAAUACCCACAACCAAAAUAUCCUCCACCAAAUUAUCCACCUCCUACUAAAUACCCACAACCAAAAUAUCCUCCACCAAGUUAUCCACCUCCUGCUAAAUACCCGCAACCAAAAUAUCCUCCGCCAAGUUAUCCGCCUCCUGCAAAAUAUCCACAAUCAAAGUAUCCUCCACCAAGUUAUCCACCUCCACCUAAAUUUCCACAGUCAAAAUAUCCACCUCCUGCAAAAUACCCUCAGCCAAAAUAUCCGCCACCAAGCUAUCCUCCUCCUGCUCAAUACCCACAGCCAAAAUAUCCUCCACCAAGUUAUCCCCCUCCUGCUAAAUACCCAAAGCCAAAAUAUCCUCCACAAGAAAAAUACCCUGAUCCAAGUUAUCCUCCAUCAUAUCCACCUGCCCCAAACUAUCCUCCUAUGCCUUCAAAAUUUCCGGUAAAACCUGAAAUGAAAUAUCCUCCUUCUCCAAACUAUCCAAAAUACACUCCUUCACCAGAUUACAUGUACCCCCUUCCUCCACCGACGAUGGCACCUCCAGUUGACGAUAAACCCGAGGAGCCUCCAAUGGAGGAUCCAAAUUCGAUGGAAGAAACACCAACAGCAGAACCAUCUAGGGAAGAAAAACCAGCGAGAUUACGCCAAUUGCGAAGACGGCCAGCAUUUGGAAGGAGAUUACGGCCGUCCACCAAUCGCAGAAGGUCUUUACCUUCAUCAGAAAGAAUACAAGUAGGGACUGAUCAAAUGCUGGACGAAAUCUGGGAAUUGACAAAAUAA